UGACAUCACCCAGCAACAAAAGGACUCGUCGAAGGAAGGGAAGGCUGCAAUCAACCUUACGGAAUCAUCGCACGGUAUGUCGGGGGAGACGCUGGAGAAGUUCUAGCAGUCAUGGAAUCAAGUGAGCGGGCAGUAGUGUGAAACUCUCCGAAACUUGCUUUUACCGCUGGAGUUUUGCAAACAUCCAGUGACGGCACUUCAGAUCUAGGCUAGUGCUGCCUAUUUGGGUCUCUUUUCUUUUCCAGAGGGCAAACUCAAGUGAUAUUUUCGCAUCAACAAACUGCUUGAUUCUUGCUCGAUUUCGCCAGCUUCACAGCUGCUGAGAAUAUGUGGAAGAAGAGGCGGUCCGUGUGGUGGACGCUUUCAGUUUGCCGCAGAACAGUGCGGAGUGCGAACUGAUGUGGAAACUGUUGGACUACAAAGCAGGAACAGCGACAGCGUACAGCGCUUCCUCAUAGGUAACAGCAACUUUGAUAACCACCUUGUUUGCCGCUUCACGACAACUCGGACCCACCAUGGAAGGAAACGCCGCGCCGAAACAUCUACUUCAUGCUUCGUGAGCAAAGUUUGGCGAGUUUGAUUUCACCGAGCUAGACUUUAAGUUGAAAACCUGUUCUUCUGAAGAACGGCUCUUGCUUAAAGAAAGGUCGCGGGGGGCAUUCGACGAAGGCGCUGGCUAUGACUACAACCUAUCUAAACUUCUAGACAGAGCGCAUAUGGAUGCCUUUCCAAAUGAGUGCAUUUUGGACGUAUAAAGGAGCACCUCUUUCGGUGUGCGCAUGUAGAACGAGUUUCAAUGGACCCGUUUGAGAGCGUUUCAAGUCGAUCUUUAACGUAGCCGGAGCUGCUUUUGUUUGCCUUUGAUUUCAGCUGGCCAGGGGGAAACGCUUUAGAUUUAACACCUGCGAGCCUGUCUCUCAGUAACUCUAUGAUCUAAUCUUAUUUCAGACACAACAACCUAACGUCACAGCCUCAGCAACUACACGUGUAACGGCCCCUGUCUGUCGUCCGUAGACUCAACCUUUAUUAGUCUUUUUUAUCACCAUAUUCUUUCAUGAUUCCUAUGUUCUUAAGGCUAUGAAGACUUAAGAACAUAGGUAUCUUUAAUUUCACCCCGACCCCCAAUACUCUCUUAUCUCCUAGUAAUUACGCCUUUUUGUCUCCUGUCUUUCCCCUCUCCCACUUUCUUUGAUUUUUUUUAUUCCUGAUGUGUCUUUUUGUUGUUUAAUUGACAACGCUUUUUAAAAAAAUAAUUUCCUGGUCUUUUUAUCAUGUGUGUAUCUCCUGCCUCUUUCUAAUACUCUAAUCAGAUCCCCUCUGCAGUUAUUGCAGCCGGCGGGGAUAUUAUUUCCAAGCGUUUUUGUUCUUUACUUCAAAGCGCGAUGUCUUCCUUUUAACCUCCCUGCUUUAAAUUCUUAUGGAAGAACACUGUCCUCAUGGCCAUAUCUCACGGUAAACAUCCCUAACCUCCGCUGACAGUAGCUCUCAUGUGAUAGCGACACCCGAGUAUUGACACCCAGCUUUACUCUCUUCAGGAAGAGAUCGAUCAUGGUCUCCGGGGUCCGUGUUCUCAUGGUACUGCUGAUCUGUCAGGUGUUGCUCGGAGGUUCGGCCGGACUGAUUCCAGAGGUGGGCCGACGGAAAUAUAGCGAAUCGGCCGGCCAAAGCCCAGAGCAAACGGAUCGCUUUCUGAACGAGUUCGAGCUCCGUCUCCUCAACAUGUUCGGACUGAAGCGGAGACCGAGCCCAAGCAAGCUCGCCGUGGUCCCGCAGUAUAUGCUGGACCUCUACCACAAGCACGCUGGGAAUGGGGACCAGAGCCUCAGCCGACCCAACUCUUCCAUGGGAAAACAAUCUGAGCGCUCCGCCAGCAGGGCGAACACAAUUAGGAGUUUCCACCAUGAAGAGUCCCAGGAGGUGCUGUCCAGGCUCAGCGGUAAGACCACACAGCGGUUCUUUUUCAACCUCACCUCCAUCCCCGGGGAGGAGCUGGUCACCUCGGCGGAGCUGAGGAUUUUCCGGGACCAGGUAAUGACAGACGGCGCCGCCAACGGCAGCGCUGCCGGCCUCCACCGCAUCAACGUCUAUGAGGUCUUCAAGCCCGCCCUCCCCUCGGAGGAGCCAAUCGCGCGGCUGCUGGACACGCGGCUAGUGCAGCAUGCCCCGGACAUGUGGGAGAGCUUCGACGUGAGCCCGGCGGUGUCCAGAUGGACCGCAGGAGGGCACGCCAACCACGGGUUCAUGGUGGAGGUGGUGCACCUGGACGGGGACGAGGGGGACGCCAGGAGGCACGUGCGGGUCAGCCGGUCCCUGCACGGGGACGAAGACACCUGGCCCCAGGUGCGGCCGCUGCUGGUGACGUUCAGCCACGAUGGCAAGGGCCACGUCCUCCACCGCCGCGAGAAGCGCCAGGCCCGGGCCAAGCAGAGGAAGAAGCAGAGGGCCAGCUGCCGGCGGCACUCGCUGUAUGUGGACUUCAGCGACGUGGGCUGGAACGACUGGAUCGUGGCCCCGCCCGGGUACCACGCCUUCUACUGCCACGGGGACUGCCCCUUCCCCCUGGCGGACCACCUCAACUCCACCAACCACGCCAUCGUCCAGACGCUGGUCAACUCCGUCAACACCAACAUCCCCCGGGCCUGCUGCGUCCCCACAGAGCUCAGUCCCAUCUCGCUGCUCUACCUGGACGAGUACGAGAAGGUGAUCCUCAAGAACUACCAGGACAUGGUGGUGGAGGGCUGCGGCUGCCGGUGAAAGCAGAGAUGCAGAGCCACAGAGCCGCGUAGCUGCGUAGCCGCGUAGCCGCGUAGCUGCAUAGCCGAGGACAACACUCUCACAAUGAAGACUUUUAUUUAUAUUAAAGAAAUACAAAACGA